UGUGACUUGCUGUCCAAUCUGCGUUGAGGGUUUAGACCAGCAUCACGGCGAGUCAGAAAAGCUACUACCACCACCACAACCAGAAAUGCUGCUCCAGUUCCAGUCAUCAAAUCACUUGAGUAUUUGCUAAAAAGUAACAUUCCAAACUUUGUCUUUAGUAGUUCGAGUUUGUUGAAGUAACUGCAUAAACAAACGAACUGCAGAGCAUUUUUAUUCCCGAAUAAUACAGGCAUACAGAAAUCAUACUUUUUUUUUUUUGUUUGUUUUUGACAUUUGUUCAUCUGUUUCUUAUAAAAACCAUGGAGUACUCUUCCUCCCCGAAGCCACAGCUUUCAUCCAGGGCCAAUGCGUUUUCAAUUGCCGCGCUCAUGUCAAGUGGGAAAACGAAGGAUAAGGAAACCGAGGAGAACACCAUUAAACCUCUGGAACAAUUUGUAGAGAAGUCCUCUUGUGGUCAACCGCUGAGCGACCUGUCUGCUUUGGACCCGCACGGUGACUUCAGCGGAAACCAGCCUGUAUGCACAGAGCCCCUCAUCCCCACCACCCCGAGCGUGCCCAGCGAGGAGAUGGCCAAGAUCUCUUGCAGCCUCGAAACCAAGGAGCUGUGGGACAAAUUUCAUGAGCUUGGCACUGAGAUGAUCAUCACCAAAUCCGGAAGGAGAAUGUUCCCCACCAUACGGGUGUCUUUCUCUGGAGUGGACACGGAUGCUAAGUACAUUGUUUUGAUGGAUAUCGUUCCGGUGGACAACAAGAGGUACCGAUACGCCUACCACAGGUCAUCCUGGCUCGUGGCAGGGAAAGCGGAUCCCCCUCUGCCUGCAAGGAUAUAUGUGCACCCUGAUUCCCCAUUUACCGGUGAGCAGCUACUGAAACAGAUGGUAUCUUUUGAAAAAGUCAAACUGACAAACAACGAGUUGGACCAGCAUGGGCAUAUUAUUUUAAACUCAAUGCACAAAUACCAGCCCCGGGUUCACAUCAUAAAAAAGAAAGAUCACACAGCAUCCCUGCUCAACCUCAAAUCCGAAGAAUUCAGGACCUUUAUCUUUACUGAGACUGUGUUCACAGCAGUCACAGCCUACCAAAACCAGCUUAUAACCAAGCUGAAAAUUGACAGCAACCCCUUUGCAAAAGGAUUCAGGGACUCCUCCAGACUCACUGACAUAGAGAGUAGGGAAAGUGUUGAGAGUUUGAUCCACAAGCACUCUUACGCGCGAUCGCCAAUCCGGACCUACACGGGGGAGGAUGACGGUCUAGUAGAUGAGAGCCACACAAUGCACAGCAGAGGCUCGGCUUUCACGGCAUCAGAUAACCUGUCCCUGAGCUCCUGGGUGACGACAGCCACUGGUUUCUCUGGGUUCCAGCACCCCCAGUCCCUGUCAGCCAUUGGCACCAGCACAGCAUCCAUUAGCAACGCCCUCCCUCAUCCCAUCCAGGGCUCGCUGCCCCCCUACAGCCGUCUGGGCAUGCCCCUUACCCCGUCGGCCUUGGCCAGCUCCAUGCAGGGAAGCGGACCCACCUUCCCCUCUUUCCACAUGCCCAGGUACCAUCAUUACUUUCAACAAGGGCCUUAUGCUGCGAUCCAGGGACUGCGCCACACCUCCACAGUGAUGACACCUUUUGUAUGACUGCCUCGAGGGAACACCGAUUCUUGUUGUAAAUACGCUGUUUAAAUGAUCAAUGAAAAGGUAAUAAAGCAAAGAAAAAAAAUGGACCCAGAUGAAUUGGGACAAGCCUCAUGAAGAAGAAUAACAAGUGCAUUUUCAGUCAAGGGAUUGUAUCAAUGUAAAAUGCCCCUCCCAAUGAUGUGCCAUAGAAGAAGCAUGCUGUUCUCGCGUGUGGAGAACAGAAGAAGCUGUUCCCACAGCCCACUGGAAAGGUUGUGUGUCUUCACCCUGGAAAGCUCUUUGCUGUUCAUCAGCUCAUUUCAAGGACUUUUUUUGUCAGGCUCUUCUGUGUGUACGGCUAGAAAAAAGCUAUAGAUUAAGUGCUCAUUUCAUUUGGAGCGGAAGGAUGACCUGCACCAAGACUACCAUAGUCAGUAAACAGCUCAUUAAAGACAGACAUGAAGUGUUAUUAUACAGAGCCUACCUGUAAUCUGAAUUGAAGGAUUUAAACACAACGGGAAGGUCACUGGAAACAUUUGCAAAGCUUUGUCCUGAGGGGAACAAAAAAAGAAGUUAGAUAACAUUAUAUAAUUAAAAAUGUUUUUUUUUUUUUUUGUUUGCUGCAGGAGAUUUCUAUAUAGGUAAUUUUGUUAAAAAUAAAAUGCACUACAGAGCAUAUGCAGAAUUAUCAGGUAUCAGCCCAGUAUAAUGAGAAUCAUGUUCAAGCCUAAUGACUGAAGUACAAAUGUAUGUUCACAUGUAAAUCAUUUGCAUUUCUGCUUAUGUUAGUAUUUUAAAUUGAGGCUUUUUUUGUUCUUUCUAUUUUGUAUGAUGUGGAACUCUCACAAAGGUAACAGUCACUUGUACCAGAUUUAUAUUUCAUUGUAACAUUGUUAUGCUCAGGACAGGUUUGCAGUAUGCACGUCACUGUCAGUCACUAUUUUAAGUACAAUUUCAGAUGUUCCUAAACUGGAGUCCUGUUAAUCUUUUAUUGGUGGAGCUCCAGCAAUAACUGAAAAUGUCAAAAACAUCAACACUUUGCUCUGGACAUUUCCAGAGAAUAAAAAAACACACACCUAAGACUUUGUUGUUAAGUGCAUGUCCAUUUUAUAUACUGAGAUUAACAGACCCAAAAUACACAAACUUCUGUUAUGAUAUUGAAGGCAUAUGUUUUACCCAGCAAAUCAAGACAUUUCAUGUAAGGUUAGAUGUACAUAUUUGGGAGCUAGGCAACAGAGGCCACCUUGCAUCAGAGGUCUUGUAUAACAAAUAGGCAGACAGUGCAGUGAGGUUUGUUUGUGCACGGGCCAUUUUCAUAAUCUUAUCCUAGGCAUGAAGCAGGAUAUGAAUCCUCUACAAAUAUAGUAUAUGAACCCUUCCCCACCUACACAUUUUGUAAUGUUGGCAUUCUACCAAUAAUUCCUAGUAAAAAAGAUACGCUUUUUUCAGAUAUUGAAAAGAAUACUUCAGUCUAAAUGUCUGAAUGCCAGGCUAAUACGUUUCAUUAGUGAUGCUCGGAAUCUCAGAUCUCUUAAACUAACAAUCAGGGCAGUGAGGACUCUUUACUGUAUCAGACUCAGGUGGCCACUUUUGUAAUGUAAUAUAUAUAUAUAUAUAUAUAUAUAUAUAUAUAUAUAUAUAUAUAUAUAUAUAUA